GGGCGGAAGCUGCUGUGCGAGAGGACCAGUGGCGGCCCGGGCAAGACGACACCUCGGCUCGGCUCGGCUCGGCUCGCUGGGCGGCGGCGGCGCAUGCGUCUGCAGAGUGUGACCUUGUUAACCUGAUACCAUGUCGGAGUCGCUGGCUGCAAGGUUCAGAGUGUUCACUCUCAAUUGCUGGGGGAUCCGCUACCUCAGCAAACAUUGCAGGGAGCGCUAUGAAAUGAUUGUGCAGUUACUGAGUCAGGAGAAGUAUGAUGUGGUCCUCCUGCAGGAGGUGUGGAGUGAGCAAGAUUACCACUUUUUAAGAAGCAAGUUGACAAGUGCCCAGCCAUAUUCCGUGUACUUCAGAAGUGGCGCUAUAGGAAGCGGACUGUGUGUCUUCUCCAGGUACAGAAUAACUGACUCUUUCCUCUACCGCUACUCCCUGAAUGGCUAUCCUUAUAAGUUGCACCAUGGCGACUGGUUUGGUGGGAAGUCUGUUGGCCUGGUCAUUCUGAAGGUGCAAGGCAUCAUUGUCCAUGUUUAUGUGACUCAUCUUCACGCAGAGUAUUGCAGGGAAAAGGACGACUAUCUCCCCCACCGUCUGCUUCAGUCUUGGGAGCUGGGGCAGUUCAUACGCCACACAGGAAAAACAGCUGACGUCACAAUCUUGGGUGGAGACCUGAACAUGCAUCCCAAUGACCUGGGAAACCGGCUCUUGCAGUGUUACACGGGGAUGAAGGACUCAUUUGUGGAGACCAAAAAGUUUGAAGGCUCUGAAGGAGGUUGCACCCUGCAGGCUCAGAACUGCUAUGCCACGGUUUGGGAUUGUCCUUCGUUUCCCUCGGGCAUUCGCAUUGACUACGUUCUCUACAAGGGAUCGAGGGGGUUCCCUGUGAAAUGUGAGCACUUGAUGACCACAAGUGGUACGGCUCCAGGGAAAAACAUUCCAUAUUCAGACCAUGAAGCUGUGUGCGCCACGCUGAGCGUGCAGAAAGAUGAGGGUGCUGCCACUGGGGCGAAACGCGAAGAAGAGACGAACCCACAGCUGGUGGACAUCCUGAACGAAGCUCGGGCAGAAGUGAAGAUUGGCAUUCACGGGGCGGAGAGGAUACGCUACUCCUCUGGCAGGAUGGCCGUCCUGGGAUUUGUCUUGCUGCUGCUCGAAGUCGUCAUGGCGAUCAUACCACUGGUCACCACCACCGCUGAGAACUCCUUCCCCAAGGUCUCCUUCUACAUCCUGGGCAUGGUGGCAUUUGCCGUGACGUUGCUGGCUGGAAUCCUGUACGUAUUUCAUACGAUUGAGGUGAAAAUGUUGCAAGGAACGGAGGACCAAAUGCGGAAUACCAUUCAGGCUCUGCAAGAGCAGCUGGGGGAGUGAUGCCCUCGUGUGGGAGCUGGGUCAGACCACACUGAGUUUUAGCCAGAGACUGAUCAGAUCUGACAUGCGCAAACUAUAGUGAAUGCAGUUCUAAAUGUUAUUGCACGAUGGCAGCCCUGCAUGUUAGCCUUGAGAAUCCAUGUUGUCCAAUACACUCCUGGCAGCUGUACAGUUCCAUAGAGACUGGCAUGUGGGGGAUAAUGUUGUGUGCUUCAUCAUAAUGGGAUGAUAUUUUGUGCGCACAUUUCCUUCUAUCUUAGCCUCAUGAUCACGUGCUUACCUCUCACUUUCUCUAGUACCGCUUAACAUUGUCUGGCUAAUCUUGGAGACACUUCAUUCAACUCUUCAGCCUGUGCCCGAAUUGUGGUUGGCAUCCAGGGUCAAUCUAAAAGCAGGAAUGUUUGGAGUUUGGGAAGAGGGGGGGGGGGGGU